GGCCGCUCACGCCCGUAGACUUACCGACGGCGAUAUCGCGAUACUAUCUAACUUGUGAGCGGCUUCGUAACUUUCCUUUCUACUUUGCCGCGAAUUUCGUUUAAAGUUACAAAAGUAUGAGGGUAGUCGUAAGUAUUGUUUCGAUGCGGUCGAGGUGAGAGCAAUGCGCCGCGAGCAGCCGGCCGCCGCGCGAUGAGCGCGCGUCGCACGCCGCACGCGCGCGCCUCCCGCUUGCACGCGCAGCGCAUCGCAAGAGCUAUCCUGCCGCUAGUACUGACCAUCGCGCAAGCACACGAAGCUGUGGUGGCCGUGGAUCGCCUGGAAAACGUGACGCACACGGUGUCCCGGAUACUGGACGGCUACGACAUACGGCUGCGGCCCAACUUCGGUGGGGACCCGCUCUACGUCGGCAUGGAUUUAACUAUCGCGAGUUUUGAUGCGAUAUCAGAGGUCAAUAUGGAUUACACAAUAACACUUUAUCUGAACCAGUACUGGAAGGACGAGAGGUUGGCCUUUGGCCUCCCGGACGAGGUCCUCACCUUAUCUGGCGACUUCGCCGAUAAGAUUUGGGUCCCGGACACGUUCUUCGCUAACGACAAAAACAGUUUCCUGCACGACGUGACGGAGCGCAAUAAGCUGGUGCGGUUGGGCGGCGACGGCAGCAUCACGUACGGCAUGCGGUUCACGGCCACGCUGGCAUGCAUGAUGGACCUCCACUACUACCCCCUCGACAGCCAGAACUGCACCGUCGAAAUUGAAAGCUAUGGAUACACUGUGUCGGACGUCGUGAUGUACUGGAAGGAGACGCCAGUGCGGGGCGUGGAGGAUGCUGAGCUGCCACAAUUCACUAUUCUUGGUCACGAAACCAACGAUAGGAAGGAGAAGCUGGCAACAGGCGUGUAUCAACGAUUGUCGCUGAGCUUUAAGCUGCGCAGAAACAUCGGUUACUUCGUGUUCCAGACGUACCUGCCCAGCAUUCUCAUCGUGAUGCUCUCCUGGGUCUCCUUCUGGAUAAACCAUGAGGCCACUUCUGCGAGAGUUGCUCUAGGAAUAACAACCGUGCUGACCAUGACGACGAUCAGUACGGGAGUGCGGAGCAGUCUCCCGCGCAUAUCGUACGUGAAAGCAAUCGACAUCUACCUGGUGAUGUGCUUCGUGUUCGUGUUCGCGGCGCUGCUGGAGUACGCGGCCGUCAACUACACGUACUGGGGCGCCCGGGCGAGGAAGAGGGCCAAGCUAAAGAACCGCGACCAGAUGUCUACUAGCACUAGUGUUGAGAAGGAUUUGAAAUGCGCCGCCGGUAAAUGUACAAGGAAAAUAACUUAUUGAUACUGAUAUUAUAAUGACAAUCACAAACACAAAU